AUGAUGAAUGAAGGACUUGAUGAAGCUCAGUGGCAGCACUCCUCACUAAAACCUCCACCUUUUUGGAAAAGCAAUCCAAAUCUAUGGUUUCUUCGUUUGGAAGCUCAAUUUUCUUUAGUUCAUGUUACCGCGGACGAAACAAAAUUCAAUUAUGUUGUGGCAGCUAUAGACUCGGAUAUUUUAAGUUCUGUUAGUGAUAUAAUUGUAAGACCACCAGAUACCAAUAGAUAUGAAACCGUAAAAAAACGGUUAAUUGACUUGCAUUCGGAAAGUGAAUUUUCAAAAAUAAGAACUCUAUUACAAGGAUUAGAACUGGGGGAUCAGCGCCCGUCACAAUUGCUUAUGCGUAUGCGUACUCUUGGUGGCGAUUCAGUAGGCGAGCCUUUAGUGAAAUCCCUUUGGUUAGGAAGAUUGCCUAGCGGUAUACAAUCACUAUUGGCCGUUUUAAAUGAGGAUUUGACACAACUUGCGUCCAUUGCUGAUAAAAUUCAUGAUUUAAUGCCACAAGCAUCAAUUAGUGCCGCGCAUGUGUCCUCGGCUCCACAGAAUUUAGCACUUCAGGUGCAAAUUGAUCAGCUAACUCAACAAGUUCAAUAG